CACAGCGCCUUCCUCUCGCCGCCUCCUCCUGGCUCACCGCUGUUCGCUGGGCCUCGCGUCGCGCCCCGCCCGGGAAUAAGUCGGCCAGGAAGGCCCCGCUGCCGCCAUGGCAUUUAAAGAUACUGGCAAGGCACCUGUGGAGCAAGAGGUAGCAAUUCAUCGCAUUAGAAUUACUUUGACCAGUCGCAAUGUAAAAUCACUUGAGAAAGUCUGUGCUGACUUGAUCAGAGGUGCUAAGGAGAAAAACCUGAAAGUGAAAGGACCUGUGCGCAUGCCCACCAAGACUCUGCGAAUCACUACCAGGAAGACACCUUGUGGUGAAGGCUCCAAGACCUGGGAUCGUUUCCAAAUGCGUAUCCAUAAGCGACUCAUUGACUUGCACAGCCCUUCUGAGAUUGUGAAGCAGAUCACUUCCAUCAGCAUUGAGCCAGGCGUAGAAGUUGAAGUUACUAUUGCUGAUGCCUAAAUCGUAGUCAUCUACUACAAAUAAAGCUGGCUGACAAACUUUC